CGGAAAACGUCGUCGGACAUUGAGUUAUUAUGCCACGAAAAUACAAAAAUAAAGGCAUCGCUGCUCCGGUGGAUUUUCGGCGAAUUUGGGAAGCAAUUAAGUUGCUGAAAAUCGAUCAAUCGGUGUCAAUCCGUUCGGCUGCUGAUUGUUUCGACUUAGUCCCGUCGACUUUAUUACGUCAUAUGAAAACGUUUGACGUGCAGUUUCCACCAGAUGAACGUAUUUUCGACAGCAUCACCGAGGACGAAGCGCUCAGUUUUUUUAAAUCAACUACCAUUCUUGGAGGAAAGCCGAUGUUCGAUUUAACUGAGGAGAAUGCACUAAUGUCGUACAUUAUGAAAUGUUCGACAAUGAAUUAUGGUCUAUCGAUAAAUGAUAUUCGUACCUUAGCUUACGAAUAUGGGAAAAAAUUGGGUAUCGCAAUACCGGAACGGUGGACGGAAGAGGGCCAAGCUACCAGGGAUUGGUACUACGGAUUCAUGGGCCGUCAUAAAAAUAUAUCGUUGCGAAAGCCACAAUCGACUAGCUUUCAGCGCUUGAAAGGAUUUUGUAGAGAAUCGGUAGACGAAUUUUUCACUAAUUUGAAAGCUGUUUUGGAGGAAACACAAUUUGCAGAACACCGAAUUUGGAAUAUUGAUGAAAGUGGCUUCUCAACUGUGCCAACUCAACCAGUGAAAGUGGUGGCACAGAAAGGAGCCAAACUUGGCUCUUUUGCUUCGGCUGAGCGCGGAACGAACGUAACCGUGGUCGUCAGUGUCAGCGCUGCUGGUACUACCAUUCCACCGUUCUUCUUGUUUCCUCGGAAAAACAUGAAAUCCAUUUUCAUGGAAAAUUCACCGCCGGGAUCCAUUGGAUUUGCGAAUGAAUGCGGCUGGAUGACAGUAGCGGAUUUUCUCGUGUUCCUGCAGCAUUUCAUCAAGUUUACUUCUGCCUCGAAAGACAAUCCGCUCCUUUUGAUCAUGGACAACCACAUAUCUCAUGUUUCGAUCGAGGCCAUCGAUUUGUGUGUUCAUAAUGGCAUUAUUGUGUUGACACUGCCACCCCAUUGUAGUCAUCGCAUGCAGCCGUUAAAUGUUUCCGUUUUUGGUCCCGUCAAAAAGACAUACGCAGUGAAAGUCCAUGAGUGGGGUCUUAGUAACGCCGGGCGAAAGUUCGAGAUUCACCAUGUAGCUGGUGCGGUUGACAAGGCCUUGACUCAAAGCUGCACUGCCUUAAACAUCCGAAGUGGCUUCGCAGCAACAGGGAUCUUCCCUAUAAAUACCGACAUAUUUACAGAAGACGAUUUUCCUUCAGCACAACUCAGCAGUGAGAAUCUAAUGGCUGAAGAAGGCAUCGACGAUGUGCGAAAUUUGUCCAUUGCUCAAACAGAAGAGGUGUCAACAACAGCCUCUGCAGUUACCAGUACCUCAGCAGCAGCAAUAUCUGCAACCUCCACGUCAACUGCGUCCACAUCCCAAUCACUUGCGACAGCAUUAAUUAGUGUUGGUCCAGUUCACAUUAUUGCUCCCAUGCCAAAAUCAAAUCGUGGCAGAAAAUCUUUGAAAAGCAGCAUUUUGACGUCGCCAGAUAAUGUUUCUGAUUUAUGGAAGAAAGCCGACGACAGGGCCAAGAAAGCCGACGACCGGACCAAGAAAGCCAAAAAGUUGACACCAUCGUCGCAAAAGAAGAUCAAGGCCAACGCUCAGCCACCUAAAAAACUAUCAACGAGCAACUGCGCUUGCCUCUUCAAUGCAUUUCGAGACGGGACUUCGUCCUCGUCCUCCGACAGAGGAGCAGCCGGAAUCGCACAAGAUGGAAACCUUGGAAACAAUGGCCCACCGCUGUUAACACGCAUUGUUCUGCCUUCUACUGAGGUUGUAGCGAUCGACAAUGUUUCUAACUGAAAGACGAAAGCGAAUAUUUAUGGCCGAUCGUGUCAAUUUAGGGAUCUUUUGAAUUUUCGCUCACAUAAAUCACGCAUAAUUUGCAAAUUCGAGAAACCUGUUCGCAUGUAAUAUAAUAGUAAAGGAAUAUUUAAAGAAAGUUGGAGAUUUAAAAA